CCGGGUGAAGCAGGUGACGGGUGGAUGUUGUUGUUGUCCGGCGGCUCAAGCUGAUCUCUUGCUUCUCCGACGGCCGUGUACCUCUUGCUGACCCCCUCCAUGGCCUCCAGGCGACCGGACAGCUUUGACGGGCUCGUCUACCGCGGCCGAGAUGAUCCAAACUACGGCGCGGGAUACCCUCUGCGCAGCGCCGGCGGCGGCCAAGGGGAGGCGUACCAUCACCAGUGGGUCACCACGCCGCCAGACAUCCCCGGCAGCCGCAACCUGCAGACAGGAGAGCGGACGCCGCUGUACGACGAGCCGCCGGGGGAGUCCGUGGGUCCGGGAGGCCCUCGCGAGUGGGACGCGGCGCAGGCUGGCGGGCCGCCGGCUGAACAGCUGAAUCGCUUCGCUGGUUUUGGGAUCGGCCUCGUCAGUCUGUUCACAGAGAACGUCCUCACUCAUCCCUGCGUGGUCUUCCGCAGACAGUGUCAGGUCAACUAUCACGCACGCUGCUACCACUUGACGCCGUUCAGCGCCCUCGCCGUCAUGUACUCCAUCAGCAAGUCGCAGGGUCCCAGGGCGCUGUGGAAGGGGAUGGGGAGCACCUUCAUCGUGCACGGCGUCAUGCUGGGAGCGGAGGGCAUCAUCAGCGAGGUCACGCCGUUACCGCGGGAUAUUCCUCAUCGUUGGAGCGCCAAGCAGCUGGUGGCUCACUUCCUGCUCAAAGGCUUGACCGCGGUGGUUGCACUUCCUUUCUACUGCUCCAGCCUCAUUGAGACCGUGCAGAGCGAGAUCGUGCGAGACGACUCGUCAUCGGGGCUGCUGGAUUGCAUGCGUGAAGGUUUGGCUCGCCUGCUGGGUGUGGGCGCGCCUCACAGUCGCCGCCUACUCCCCCUCAGCUGUCUGAUACUUCCUGCCCUCGCACACGCCAUCCUGCGCUACGCCAUCUCUUCCUCCGUACAGCGCGUGGCGCUCUGGCUACACAAUCGCAACAAGAAGGGGCACCACGGCCCGUCGGACCCGAUAGAAGCUCACUUCCCCGAGCUGGCGGCGGCGUGGCUGGGCUCGCUGGUGGCGGACGUGGUGAUGUUCCCGCUGGAGACGGCGCUGCACCGUCUCAGCCUGCAGGGCACCCGUACCAUCAUCGACGCCACCGACGGGGUGACGGCGGAGGGAAACGGCGGCAGCCCGCUCGUGCUGCCCGUCAACACGCAGUACGACGGCUUCGCCGACUGUCUCCACGCCAUUCGUCGCAAAGAAGGCUGGCCGGGCUUUUACCGCGGCUUCGGCGCACUGGUGGCGCAGUUUGCACUGCACGGCGUCUUGCUCGCCGCCGCGCGGACAAUUCUUAGACUGCUGCUGCUGGAGGGCAAAGUCAGCUAGAGGCGUCGCCACGGAGACGCGACGUCCUGGGCCUCUCACCGUCACCGUGGCAACAAGAAUAUAUCAACACAACACUUUGCUAUCUUAUUUUAGCUUUAGCACAAAUACUUGCGGAAACAUGAUGUCAGUCCCUGUUUGUGUGUAUGCAUGAAGCCAAGAAACUUGUUUAGUUGAGGAUUUUCUGAUCAAAUUAAAAAUGUAUUUGUUGUCAAUAUCAAAUAAAAGACAUUUCAUCUUGA